UUGGCCCAAAUCCUCUAUCACAAGGACACGGGGAUCGACAUCAUCACUGGGGUAGCAGCCACGACUCUGACGAAGUUUGGCAGGCCGAAUUGGCAGAGCGUCUUCAACGCAAUGAAAGCCAAGCACCCCAAGACCACCGUGGGCGUUCUCUUCUGCGGGGCGCCACUCCUGGGAAAGGUCCUCAGAAAACUGUGCAUAAAAUUCAGCCAGGGCUCCAAAACAAAAUUCGAGUUUGUAUCUGAGAAAUUCUAG